AUGGCCCCUCGAGGAGGCUUCGAGGACGAAGAGCUUACCAUCUCGCUCUCCUCAACCCACGUCCGCCGCCAGCAGCAGCAGCAGCAACUGCCACACCACCCCCGGCACCGGGGUCGCGACGAUGCCACCGGAUCCCCAAAGUCGAGCGGCAGUCGCCAAAAUGCCAUGGAGUCUCUACGGGACAGAACCAAAACCGAACAGCGCAUCGGCGCCUACAAGGUUGUGCGAACCUUGGGUGAGGGAUCGUUUGGGAAAGUGAGGUUGGCCAUCCACCAACUCACUGGACAGCAAGUUGCUCUCAAAAUUAUCGCUCGGAAGAAACUCAUCAGCCGAGACAUGGCUGGCCGUGUUGAGCGAGAGAUUGAAUACCUGCAAUUGCUGCGGCAUCCCCACAUCAUUAAGCUGUACACCGUCAUCAAGACCCACAACGAAAUCAUCAUGGUGCUUGAGUACGCGGGCGGAGAGCUUUUCGAUUACAUCGUCCAAAACGGCCGCAUGAAGGAGGCCGAGGCACGACGCUUCUUUCAACAAAUGCUCUGUGCUGUCGAGUACUGCCACCGUCACAAGAUUGUCCACCGCGACUUGAAACCCGAGAACUUGCUGCUCGACGAUAAUCUCAACGUCAAGAUUGCCGAUUUCGGCCUAAGCAACAUCAUGACGGAUGGCAAUUUCCUCAAGACGAGCUGCGGAAGCCCCAACUAUGCGGCGCCCGAAGUAAUUGGCGGAAAGCUGUACGCUGGCCCCGAGGUCGAUGUAUGGAGCUGCGGCGUCAUUCUAUACGUUCUCCUGGUCGGCAGGCUACCCUUUGACGACGAGCACAUUCCCAGCCUGUUUGCCAAGAUUGCCCGGGGCACUUAUAGCAUCCCCCAGUGGAUACCGUCAGGAGCAGCCAAUCUGAUCAAGAAGAUGCUUGUUGUCAAUCCCGUGCAGAGAGCUACUAUAGAAGAGAUCAGGCAAGACCCGUGGUUCCUGACCGACCUGCCGGCUUACCUCCAGAUGCCCGUCGAGGAGUUUUUCAACACUGGUGUCGACCCCAACAAGGCCAUCCAAACCAGGGAUAUAGCCCCCAACGCCCCCGCGCAGGUGCAAGAGAGGCUGCACAAUGAAGUCACGGAGAAGAUCAGUAAAACUAUGGGUUACGGCAAGGGAGAUGUUGAAGAGGCUUUGCAGUCCGAGGAGCCCUCGGCUAUCAAGGAUGCUUACAUGAUUGUGAGGGAGAACAAGCUCAUGCAAGUCACUCAGGGCCAAGAACCGUUAACACCAGAAGUUGAGGAAUCAUCGAGCCCCAUGAUGAGCAUGUCCUCUGCCAGGUCUGGCGCCUCGGGCGGAAUCUCACCUCGACCAUAUGUUAGCAAGGUUGGUAUUCUGCCGACAAGUUUGCCGACAUACCACAAGGACUUCAUCGAGAGACAAAAGGCGGGUCUCAACUCGCAGCCGCCCGAAGUAUCUGCAGUUCAUGAUGAGCCCCCAACGGCGCGAACAGACGCGGAAAAGGAGGAAGCUGCAAGACGACUCAAGCCACAUGCCCGCGUUCAGCUGCGGCUUGAGGAGGGCAGCAAGCGCCCGCAAGGCAUGACACCCAUCAAUCCGCCCAAGAAACCUAAGCCGGUCAGAUGGCAGUUUGGUAUUCGGUCUAGGAAUGCCCCGUGGGAGGCUUUGCUCUGCAUCCACAAGGCGCUGCACAAGCUGGGCGCCAAGUACAUUCCAGACGAGGAAUAUUCUCAAGUGCACAGCAAGGGUAGCGAGGCCGCGAGCGGGGAUGGCAGUUUUGCGGACGAGUAUGACGGCACACCGCUGCGGCAGGAUUCAAGCUCAAGCUUAGAUCCGGCCAGGCGGUACCAGCUGCCAGCUGACCCGUGGCACAUCCAAGUGCGAUGGGAAGCCUCAAGUAGGGUCACCAUUUUUAUCUCGUCCCGCCUCACUUUUCGGAAGAUGAAUGCUAAUGCCCAUUUCCUCACAGCACUCAAGAAACAUAUUCAGACGCCGCCGGAAGGCGUGGACAGGGUCCAUGUCGGCACGCCAGACAGUCACCACAUGCUGACACCAGACAGUGCGAACAAGAAGCAGUUUGUAGCCCUGCACUUGGACAUUCAGAUUUACGAGAUGGAGCAAGGGGUGUACUUGGUAGAUUUCAAGUCUUCGGGCUACGAGACGCCCGAAGGCAGACUACUUGAAGAGAAGGAGGUGACGAGUCCGUUUCCGUUCCUGGAUAUGGCGGCGAGGUUAAUUAUGCAGUUGGCCGAGGCGGACUAA